GGCUCUCCCUUCUCCGCAGACAUGGAGAGCGUGGCGGCCAGCACGUCGCUGCCCGACGCCGGCGGCGACUUCGACCGCAACGUGCCCCGGAUCUGCGGCGUCUGCGGGGACAAGGCCACCGGCUUCCACUUCAAUGCCAUGACCUGCGAGGGCUGCAAGGGCUUCUUCAGGAGGAGCAUGAAGAGGAAGGCCAUGUUCACGUGUCCCUUCAACGGGGACUGCAAAAUCACCAAGGACAACCGGCGGCACUGCCAGGCCUGCCGGCUCAAGCGCUGCGUGGACAUCGGCAUGAUGAAGGAGUUCAUCCUGACGGACGAGGAGGUGCAGAGGAAGCGCGAGAUGAUCCUGAAGCGCAAGGAGGAGGAGGCGCUCAAGGAGAGCCUCAAGCCCAAACUCUCCGAGGAGCAGCAGAAAGUCAUCGACCUCCUCCUGGAGGCCCAUCGCAAGACCUACGACCCCACGUACUCCGACUUCACCAAGUUCCGGCCGCCCGUGCGGAGCGACCCCGGCAGCAGGGGAGCCGCCAGGUCCUCCUCCAUCCUCACCCCGGACUUGUCCUUGGAGGACUCCACCGACCUCUUCGGCUCCGACGCCUUCAGCGCGUUUCCAGAGUCCGUGGAGCCCCCGAUGUUCUCGAACCUGGUGCUCUCCGAGAAGAGCGACGAGAGCAGCUCCAUGAACAUGGACUUCUCGCAGCUCUCCAUGCUCCCGCACCUGGCAGACCUGGUCAGCUACAGCAUACAGAAGGUGAUCGGCUUUGCCAAGAUGAUCCCGGGAUUCAGGGAUCUGACAGCGGAGGACCAGAUCGCGCUGCUGAAAUCCAGCGCCAUCGAGGUGAUCAUGCUGCGCUCCAACGAGUCCUUCAGCCUCGAGGACAUGACGUGGACCUGCGGCAGCAACGACUUCAAGUACCGGGUCAGCGACGUCACCCAAGCCGGCCAUAGCAUGGAGCUGCUGGAGCCGCUGGUGAAAUUCCAGGUGGGCCUGAAGAAGCUGAACCUUCACGACGAAGAGCACGUGCUCCUCAUGGCCAUCUGCAUCCUGUCCCCAGAUCGCCCCGGCGUGCAGGACACGGCGCUGGUGGAAUCGCUCCAGGAUCGCCUCUCGGACAUCCUGCAGACCUACAUCCGCUGCCGGCACCCGCCGCCGGGCAGCCGGCUGCUCUACGCCAAGAUGAUCCAGAAGCUGGCGGACCUGCGGAGCCUCAACGAGGAGCACUCCAAGCAGUACCGCUGCAUCUCCGUGCAGCCCGAGCACAGCAUGCAGCUCACGCCGCUCGUGCUCGAGGUCUUCGGCAACGAGAUCUCCUGA